AUGAAAGAAGAAGCAAUUGAUGAACCACAAUUUUUCUUUGGGAAGUGUUUAAGAACAAUGAAAAGUAUGGCGACAACAUUUAUUAUGUUUUUUGUCAAUGGAUUGAGAGAGUUUGCACCGGCUGGUAUACCAAAGAGUAAAUUGAUUCCUUUGCUUAUGAUGCUUGGAAUCGAAGGAGUAUCACUAACUAAUAUUAACUCUUAUGUGGGACUCCUAUUAGUGGAUAUGGGGACAGUCACUGAUGUGAAUAACUCCGGGUAUUACAGUGGGAUAUUAAUGGCAGCAUUUCCGUUUGCCCAGUUUUUAAGUUCAUACCUUAUAGGUGCACUCUCAGACAAUAUUGGGAAAAGGAAAAUCAUAUUAUUGGCGACGUUUGGGAUCUUUGUGACGAAUUUUCUCUUUGGGUUUUCGUUCAACUUUUGGUUCAUUUUUGCACUUCGAUUUUUGAAUGGGAUGCUGAAUGGCAAUAUUGGGGUGGUCAAAACAUAUUUAGCUGAGAUCACAGACAAUACCAACCGAGUGCAAGCAUUUAGUUUAGUUGGGCUCAUGUGGUGUUUAGGUUCUUUAAUUGGAUCUAUGAUAGGUGGGUUAUUAUAUAGUCCGUGUGAGAAGUAUCCUUCACUAGUUUCUAUAUCACUCUUUAAAACAUAUCCAGGGUUGUUGCCACAGAUAGUAGAUUCUUUUUUAUGUUUAAUAACAUUUGUCUUAGUCUAUUUUUAUAUCUUUGAUAAUAACGUGAAUGGACAAGAAUUACAGAAGAAAAGCAUUUUAGAGUCAAUUCGACAAACAAUGAAGAGUCUAAUUUCGUUCUUUAAUAAAAAGAAUAAGUGGAGUCUAUUUUGUUCUUUUGAAUUCUUGUUACUUGGAUUUGGAAAUUCAACGUUCUUUGUGAUAUUUCCUCUUCUGAUGAUAGCAGAGUACGGGGUCGGUGGAUUCAAUUUUGGCACGAAUGACGUGGGAUACUUUAAUAUCACAAUUGCAACAUCUGGGAUAUUCGUUACUAUAUUUAUAUUUAAACCACUUAUGAAACUGACUAAUUUGCGCCACGUCUUUGCAACAACACUUUUCAUGACAUCUUUCAUGUACGCAAUAUUCCCUUCUAUAGAAGGUUUAAAUGGAAACGAAAUGAUUAAAUGGAGUGUACUUGUUAUAUACGGAUUACUCUAUGGAGGUGUCUCACAAUUCACAUUUUCUACACUAAUACCUUUAAUAUCAAAUAGUGCAGCUCCAGAAUAUAUGGGAGCUGCUAAUGGUGUCGCACAGAGCUUUAUUGCGCUUGCUAAAAUAGUUGGGCCAUCGACUAUGUCACCACUCCUCUCAUGGUGUUUUGUCAAUGGACUGAACUUCCCUUUGAACCAAUAUCUUCCUUUCUUCAUUUUGAUGCUCUCAGGAAUGGUGUGUGCACUUCUUAUCUUUGUAACACCAACUUCAAUUAAUUCAGUGUAUGUUAAACCUUACGACAAUGAAUACAACAAAAUUAUUGACGAAGAAAUUGAGUUAAACCCAAAUAUCGACGAAAAAAUCGAAGACCAAAAAAGUCAACCAGCGGAUAACGAGGAGUCGGUGGAGAGUCCAAUACGAGUCGCUGAGGCAAGUUUGUAA